AUGGAUACUGAAAAUACAACUGAUGAACAAAAUCCAUCAAUAUCUAAAGGAACAAAACAACGUAUGAAAGAACGUAGUCGUUCACAAACAACACCUACAAAUACAGAUAUAAAUGAUCCGGAAAAUUUAGAUUAUGAAGAUAUUGAUGAUAAUCAUUCACCAGGUAAAUUAGAUGAUAGUCAUGAAUUAGAACAAAUAAAUAAACCGGUAAAAAAAAUCAAUGAAGAAAUAAAAACAUCAAUUAAUAUUCAAGAUGAAGAAGAUAAAAUAUUACAUAAACCACAAGAAAUAAUUAAUAAUAAUAAUACAUCAUUAACAAUGAUAGAUAAUCCAACAACAGCAAGUGAUGAAGGAGAAGUAGAUGAAGCUGAUUUAGAAGAUGGUGAAAUUCAUGAUCCAAGUACAUCAAAAAAUCGAACAUCAUUUUCUGAUGAUCAAACAUCAGAACAAAAUCGUAAUCGAAUAAAUACCAAUAUAUUAUCAUCACCACAAGCUAAAGUUCAUUGUCGAUUUUUUCUUCAAGGUCGUUGUCAUUGGGGACCUAAUUGUAAAUUUAUUCAUCCAAAUAAUGAUGCAACAAAAAAUUCAAGUGGACCAUCUAUUGAUGUUUUAUCAUCAACAAAUAAUGAAAUUACAUCACCAACACUAACUGGUAUUCCUAUACCACAAACAACACCUACAACUAAUACAUGGAUCUCACCACAAGCAACAUCUGCUACAUCUCAAUUUUUUCCUAAUCCAGUUCUUCGUGGUCCAACUCAACCAUCUGUUAUACCAUUAGUAGUACCACCAACUGGUACAGAAUCAGCAUGGGAACGUGGAUUACGUUCAGCUAAAACACUUCGUGAACAAUCUAUGCGACGUAAACAACAAGAUAAAGAUUUUAAUGAUAAGAAAUUUAAUUUAACUAUACGUGAUGCACUUGAUGAUAAAGAUGGAGAUGAUAAUAUUUUAAAUAUUGAUCGACCAUCUCCAAUGGAUUAUGAUCUGAAUAAUUUAUCUGGUUCAAAUUAUCCUGAUCGAUAUCAUUCAUAUAUGUAUACAGGUUCAUCUGGUAAUUCUCAUUAUAAUAAUAACAAUAAUCAUCAUCAUCGAAAUAAUAAUAAUAAUAAUACUAAUAAUAAUAAUAUUCGAAAUAAUACAAAUAUAUUAUCCACAAAUGAUCAUUCUGAUCGUCGUUUACGUCAUUCAGAUGAUCAUGCCGAUACACGAAAUGAUAAUCGAAAUCGAAAAGAAAAUUUAUCAACAAAACAUAACAAAUUAACAUCAAAAAAAGAUGAUUCAUCAUCAUCUUAUAGACGAAAUUCAUCACAACAACAGUAUAUAUCCGGUUCACAUCAUAAUAAUGAUGCACAAGCACAUUUUAAUCCAUAUAGCAGUCGACGAGGAGAUGAUUGGCAAGAUCCAUGGGAUAGAUCAAGAACUCACGGUGGUGGUAAUCGUCGUUCAUCAGGUGGUGGUCGAGAACCAUCCUAUUCAUCAUCAUCGGCUACAUCAUCUAGUUCAUCUCGAUCAACUCAUUCACGUUCUCAUUCAACUUCAUCAUCAAGUCGAUCAAGGCAAUUACGGUUUAGAUCGAGAUCGAGAAGUAGACCAAAACGUCGUUCACCAUCAGUAACACGUGCAACAAAACCAAUACCAACAACAAAAUCAUCCGAAAUGGUUAAAAAUGGUAAUGAAAAAAAAUCAAAUAGUAAUAAAAAAUUAGUAUCAUCAUCAUCACCACCACUACCACCACCACCAACAACAACAACAAAUAAAUUUCUUCCUGGUCGACAAAUAUCAAGUCAUACAUUAAAAAAAGCCGAAAAAAGUAGUAAUAGUAGUACUUCAAUGGUUAAUAAUCAUUCAAAAGAUCAACAUGGAAAAGAUUUGGAUAUAAAUAUUAAAAAACAAAUAAAAAAAGAAAAUCCUAAUCGAUCGGAUAGUACAAGUUCAUCAUCAUCAUCAGAUAGUGAUACUAAUCGAAUAACACAUCGAUCAUCUAGUUCAUCAUCGGAUAGUUCAAGUUCAGAGAAUGAUAUACGAACAUCAACAAAAACAAAAAUAGCUUCUGGUGGAGGUAAAACAACAGUUGGUACUAAUAGUAGUAAUCAUUCAACAAAAAUAAUUAAUCGACAAUUAUCUUCAUCAUCAGGUGGUGGUGGUGGUAAUAAUAAAAAUUCAAAUACAAAAUCCAAAACUGAUUCUAUUAAUCGUGGAUCAUCAAAAACUAAAGAAUCAUCAUUAACAUAUGCUAAAAAACGACGUGAUACAUCAUCAUCGACAGGUUCAACUAGUGCAACAAAAAAGACAAAAUUAAAUAUGGAUUCUCAUAAAGCAUCAACUGAUGCAAGUAAUGCAGAAAAUUCGGAUUCUUGUAAAAAAAAAGAAAAACAAAAAAUUUUAAAAAAAUUACAAGAAAAUGUUGUACAUUUAAUAAGAAAUUUAACAACUGAAUCUACUCGUUUUGAUGCUUGUACAGGUUGUGAAAUACCUUGUAAAAAACAUGUUUCUUAUCCAUCUGCAAUACUUAAAGAAAUUGAUCAAAGUGAUAUGAGAAAUUCUGUUGAAAAACAUCGUCGUCAUUUAUGUAUUGGACAAUCUAUUUUACCUUCUCAAUGGCCAAAAGAUGUUAAAGAUUUACAAGGAAAUUAUAUAAAAAAAUUAACAAAAAUUUUACAAGAAAAUAAUAAUUCUAUUGGAUAUUCAAUUAAAUUAACGGCAACAUCGAUAGUUUCACAAAAUAAUUCAGAACAAAUAGCUGAUUGGUAUUUAUUUCCCGAUCAAAUUAAAUUACAUAAUGUUCAUAUUAAACAAAUAAAAGAUAUUGUUCAAAAAUUAUUUGUUAAUGAUCAAUCAAUUAUUAAAAUAAAAGAUAAAACAAAAACUAUUGAAGAACAACUUAAACAAAAUAAUCAUUUACCUGUAUUUUAUGAGAAUGUUAAAUGUGAAAAAUUACAUGGCCUGUGGAUACUUGUUUGUUGUCAUUAUCAACGUGAUCAACGAUGUGGAGUAAUUGGACCAAUUUUAGUUGAUGAAAUAGAAAAUUUUGUUCGUAAAACGGAUCGUACCGAUGAUGUUCAUUGCUUAAAAAUAAGUCAUGUCGGUGGACAUAGAUUUGCUGGUAAUGUAAUUAUUUAUCCAUCGGGUACAUGGUAUGGUCGAGUAUUGACAUGUCAUAUUCCAUUAUUAAUUGAUGCUUAUACAUCAUCAUCAACAGAUUUAAAAGACAAAUUAAAACCUCUUCUGCGUGGAUAUUUACAAACAAGUUGA